AUGUCUUCUGAAACUUUUGAAUUUCAAGCUGAAAUCACUCAGUUGAUGAGUUUGAUCAUCAACACAGUCUAUUCUAACAAGGAAAUUUUCUUGAGAGAAUUGAUUUCUAAUGCUUCAGAUGCUUUGGAUAAGAUUAGAUACCAAGCUUUGUCUGAUCCAAAACAGUUAGAAACUGAACCUGAGCUAUUUAUCAGAAUCACUCCUAGGCCAGAAGAAAAGGUUUUGGAGAUCAGAGAUUCAGGUAUCGGUAUGACCAAGGCUGAGUUGAUCAACAACUUGGGUACUAUCGCCAAGUCUGGUACUAAGGCAUUCAUGGAAGCUCUAUCUGCUGGUGCCGAUGUUUCUAUGAUUGGUCAAUUCGGUGUUGGUUUCUACUCUCUGUUCUUGGUUGCAGACAGAGUUCAAGUUAUCUCUAAACACAACGACGACGAGCAAUACAUCUGGGAGUCCAACGCUGGUGGUUCUUUCACAGUUACUCUAGAUGAGACUAAUGAAAGACUAGGUAGAGGAUCUGUAUUGAGAUUGUUCUUGAAAGACGAUCAAUUAGAAUACUUGGAAGAGAAGAAGAUUAAAGAAGUUGUCAAGAAACACUCUGAAUUUGUUGCUUAUCCAAUCCAGCUAUUGGUCACUAAGGAAGUUGAGAAGGACGUUCCAUUGACUGAAGAAGAACAAAAGAAGGAUGAAGAGGAAAAGAAGGAUGAAGAAGAAGCUGAUGACAAGAAACCAAAAUUAGAAGAAGUUAAGGAAGAUGAAGAAGAAGGUGAAAAGAAGGAAAAGACUAAGAAGGUUAAGGAAGAAGUUCAAGAACUUGAAGAAUUGAACAAAACUAAGCCUCUUUGGACCAGAAAUCCUUCUGAGAUUUCUCAAGAUGAAUACAAUGCUUUCUAUAAGUCUAUUUCCAACGAUUGGGAAGACCCAUUGUAUGUUAAGCAUUUCUCUGUCGAAGGUCAAUUAGAAUUCAGAGCAAUUCUAUUCAUUCCAAAGAGAGCUCCAUUUGAUCUAUUCGAGAGUAAGAAGAAGAAGAACAAUAUCAAAUUAUACGUUCGUCGUGUCUUCAUUACUGAUGAAGCUGAAGAAUUGAUUCCAGAAUGGUUAUCAUUCGUUAGGGGUGUUGUCGAUUCUGAAGAUUUACCAUUGAACUUGUCAAGAGAAAUGUUACAACAAAAUAAGAUUAUGAAAGUUAUUAGAAAGAACAUUGUCAAGAAGUUAAUUGAGGCUUUCAAUGAGAUCGCUGAAGACUCUGAACAAUUUGAUAAAUUCUACAGCGCUUUUGCAAAGAACAUCAAGUUGGGUAUUCACGAAGACACUCAAAACAGAAAUGCUUUGGCCAAAUUGUUACGUUACAACUCUACUAAAUCUGUCGAUGAAUUGACUUCUCUAACUGAUUACGUCACUAAAAUGCCAGAACAUCAAAAAAAUAUUUACUACAUUACAGGUGAAUCUAUGAAGGCUGUUGAAAAAUCUCCAUUUUUGGAUGCUUUGAAAGCAAAGAACUUUGAAGUAUUAUAUUUGGUUGAUCCAAUUGAUGAAUAUGCAUUCACACAAAUGAAGGAAUUCGAAAGCAAGCCAUUGGUUGAUAUUACCAAGGAUUUCGAAUUAGAAGAAUCUGAUGAAGAAAAAGCUGAAAGAGAAAAGGAAAUCAAAGAAUUCGAACCAUUGACCAAAGCAUUGAAAGAAAUUUUGGGUGAACAAGUCGAAAAAGUUAUUGUUUCUCAAAACCUAAUCGAUGCACCAGCUGCUAUUAGAACUGGUCAAUUCGGUUGGUCUGCCAACAUGGAAAGAAUCAUGAAAGCUCAAGCUCUAAGAGAUUCAUCUAUGUCAUCAUACAUGUCUUCUAAGAAGAUUCUUGAGAUUUCUGCGAAAUCUCCAAUCAUUAAAGAAUUGAAGAAAAGAGUUGACGAAGGUGGUGCUCAAGAUAGAACCGUUAAAGACUUAACUAAUCUAUUAUUCGAAACUGCUUUGUUGACAUCCGGUUUCAGUUUGGAAGAGCCAUCUUCUUUCGCAUCAAGAAUUAACAGAUUGAUCUCUUUGGGUCUAAAUAUUGACGAAGAUGAAGAACCUGAAGCUGAAACCCCAGCUGCUACCGACGCCGAUGCUUCUGAUGCUAAAGUAGAGGAAGUUCCAGCUGAUACCGAAAUGGAAGAAGUUGAUUAA